GGAUCCGGGGAGGGAGGGGGAUGUCCGGGAACGGCCCCUUUAACCACCUCCGUCCCGCCCGCACUAAACGAAAGAGGAAGAGGCGCCCGCCCCGCCCCGAGAGGCUCCGGCAUCGGCGAGCAGGGCUGGGGUCGGGGUGACGGUGGGGGUGAGGAGCCUGGGGGUGCUGAGCCCAGAAGUGCAGUUCUGGAGACUUGCAAAGCUGGGUAGGGGGUGCGGGAUUCAGGGAUGCAGGAUCUGAAGGUGUAGGGGUGCAGAACACAGGGGUGUAAACCAUGAGUGCAGGAUCUGGGGGUGCAGAGCACAGAGGUUUAGGGCUUAGGGUUGCCGUGUGCAUGGGUACACGGUGCUGGAUGUAGGGGUGCAAAGGCUGGGGGUGCUGGGCAUGAGGGUGCACGGUCUGUGUGUACAGGAUACGGGAGUGCAAAACAUAUGGGUGCAAGACUUGGGGUGCCAACAGGGUCCCCUCCACCCUGACAUCAUCCAGGGCGCCCCAGAAGCACCAAUGGAGAAGGACAUCGAUGGCUGCCAGGAUGGGGCUAAGACAGUGCCAAACGCCAGGCUGGGCCCUGAAGGGACAGAGACACAGGUGAGUCCAGUGGGACACCCAUUGGGAGGGAACCAGGCCCAUGGUGGCCAUCACCAAGGGCUGACAGCUGGAAUCGCCCACAGCUGGACGAUUUUGUGGGUGCUCACCCUGACUACAAUGAAGAGGAGGAAGAGCAGAAGUACUUUCGCCGCAAGCGCCUCGGUGUCAUCAAGAAUGUGGUGGCCGCCAGCCUGGCUGGCACCCUCACUUACAGUGUCUACCUGGGUAAGGGACCUCCCAGGGAUCCCCAAAAUAACUUGGAGUGUUCAGGGUGAUGUCACUUGGGGUGACCAUCCCUGGACCCCCACAGGCCUGCUGCAGAUGCAGCUGAUCCUUCACUAUGACGAGACCUACCGGGAGGUGAAGUACAGCAACAUCCGGCUGGAGGACAUCGACCACAAGGUGCUGAUGGGCAUCAAUGUCACACCCGUGGCGGCACUGCUCUACACACCCAUCCUUAUCAGGUUCUUCGGCACCAAGUGGGCCAUGUUCCUGGCAGUCGGCGUCUAUGCCCUCUUCGUCUCCAGCAACUACUGGGAGCGCUACUACACGCUGGUGCCCUCCGCAGUGGCCAUCGGCAUGGUCAUCGUGCCCCUCUGGGCCUCCAUGGGCACCUACAUCACACGGAUGGCCCAGAAGUACUAUGAGUACGUUAACUACAAGGAGGAGCAGGAGAAGGAGAAGAAGCGGGCGCCGCGGGAUGCCUGCAAUGCCUACAUUAUCGUCUUCCAGACUGUCUUCUACUCCUGCUUCCACUUGAGCUUUGUCUGCGCUCAGAUGCCCAUGGUCUUCUUCCUCAACAACUACCUCUACCAACUGAACCACACGCUCUUCGCAGUGAAGCACUGUGGGACCCUGAGCCAUGGCACGCUGCCCGGCUUCAACAAGACGGUGCUGCAGAGCCUUCCCCGCAGCGUCAACCUCAUCAUCGUGGAGAGCGUGUUGAUGGCCGCCGCCUUCCUCGCCAUGCUGAUGGUGAGCACCGGGGCGGGAGGGGACAGGGAUGGGCCAGAUGAUGGCAGGACCUCACCCGCAGGCGCUCCGCAGGUGCUGGUGCUCUGUGGCGCGGCGUACCGGCCCAUGCAGGAGAUUGACAUGCGCAGCAUCGGCUGGGGCAACAUUUUCCAGCUGCCCUUCAAGCACAUGCGGGACUAUCGCCUGCGGCACCUCUUCCCAUUGUUCAUCUACAGCGGCUUUGAAGUGCUUUUUGUCUGCACUGGAUUUUCCCUGGUAGGAUACGUGAUGGGGUGGGAGGUGAUGGAGCAGGGACAGGCGAUGCUGAGCCUGUGCUUGCUGCAGAACUACGGCGUGUGUGCCCUGGGGCUGGAGAGGUUGGCGUAUCUCCUCAUGGCCUACGGCUUCUCUGCCUCGGCGUGCUCCAGCCUGGCCCUGUGCAUGCUGCGCCUGCGCCGGCACAUCCCGCUCCUGGCUGGAGCUUUAAUCCACGCUGUACUCCUGGUGACGCUCUUCUGCUGGGCACCGGAGCCCCGGUACCUGGCACAGGCGCCGCUGCUCUACACCAUUGCUGCACUCUGGGGCACGGGCAGUGCCCUCAACAAGACUGGAAUCAGCAUCCUCCUGGGAAUGUUGUACAAGAAAAAGGAGCGCCAAGACUUCAUCUUCACCAUCUACCACUGGUGGCAGGCCCUGGCCAUCUUCACCGUCUACCUGUGGUCAGGGCUGCCCAUGAAGGUAAAUCCCAGAUAUGCCCCAGCCCACUCUGAGACAUUCCAGGCUUUUUGGGGACACACCUCCACACCAAUCCCAAAAUUCCCUGUGCCGCAGGCCAAGCUGUCCAUCAUGCUGCUGACGCUGGUGGUGGCAGUGGGGACAUACCUGUGGAUGGAGCGGAAGGUGGCGCAGAACAUGGAAGUCCGGCUGCCCCGCAUCCCACGCCCACGCCAUAAAACACGUGGAUACCGCUACCUGGAGGACAGCUCGGAUGAGACUGGCUCCGACGGUGACGGGGACAAGGAGGAUGAUGACAGGCACCCAACUGAGGCCACCAGCGAAAACGAGCUGCCGAAAGAGGACGGCGAACAGCUGGGAUAAGGACAGCCUGGCCUGGGCCCCAUCCUGCUCUUGGCACCUGAGGGGGUUCUACAGCUCUCCCCGGGUGGGCCCAAAAUUCUUCAAAUCCACUCAGGUCAGGCUUGCAGCCCCCCCAAGCUAAGCCUAAAGCCCCCAGGUAGCCCAGAGCCCCCCACUUUGGCUGGCAUCAGUGCUGACACACAUGACUGACAGACCCCCAUACUGGCCCAUGGACCCCCCAGGUCAGGUUUGCAGCCUUCAGAUUGACCUACAGCCCCAAACUGUGGUACAGAGACCCCCCCCAAAUUGUGGUUCAGCCCUCAGGCAGGCCCAAUAGCCCCCAAAAUUAUGAUGCAGUUGCUCAGGUGAAACCUGCAGACUCACAGGCCAACCCCCGAGCCCCCCCACGCAAAUCCACAGCCCCUCAGACAAGGCUCACGCCCCCGAGGCAGAUCCGCAGC